CGGUGCUAGUGGUGGGGCCGGGGCUCGGCGGUCGCUCCUGGCUGCGGGGCUGCAGCGGCACCAGGUGCGAAGCUGCGCGGGAGCGGCCGCCCCUGUCCGGGCUGACCGAUGCUGGCGACCGAGCCCGUCGCCGGCGGAGCCAUGUCCCAGCCCGAGGCAGAGCGGGCGGGCGGUGGCUCCGCACCGGAGCUGGAGCUGGAGCUGGAGCUGGGGCCGGGGCUCCCCGGGCGGGCCCCGCACCGCAGCCGCUCCCGGCGGCCCUCUGUGCGCGACUCUCGCCGCGCCUCCUCCCGCUUCAACCGGCGGAGCUCGGCCGAGCUGGAGCUCCUGGGCUACCCGGCGGCGGGCGAGGGGCCGGGGUCGCCGCCGCCGCCGGCCGCUGCCGGGCGCCGGGAGCUGGAGGAGACGGAGAGCGAGGAGGUGGAGACGCGGGCGGUCGCCACCUCCCCCGACGGCCGGUUCCUCAAGUUCGACAUAGAGAUUGGCCGCGGCUCCUUCAAGACUGUCUACAAAGGGCUGGACACGGAGACCACCGUGGAGGUGGCUUGGUGCGAGCUGCAGACGCGGAAGCUGUCGAAGACGGAGCGGCAGCGGUUCAGCGAGGAGGUGGAGAUGCUGAAGGGGCUGCAGCAUCCCAACAUCGUCCGCUUCUACGACUCCUGGAAGUCGUCCAUCAAAGGCCAGAUCUGCAUCGUGCUGGUCACGGAGCUCAUGACGUCUGGCACUCUGAAAACCUAUCUGAAGCGGUUCAAGGAGAUGAAACUGAAGGUGCUGCAGCGCUGGAGCCGGCAGAUCCUCAAGGGGCUGCAUUUCCUGCACACUCGCUCACCCCCCAUCAUCCACCGCGACCUCAAGUGCGACAACAUCUUCAUCACGGGCCCCACUGGCUCAGUCAAGAUUGGGGACCUGGGCCUGGCCACACUCAAGCGAGCCUCCUUCGCCAAGAGUGUCAUAGGCACCCCCGAGUUCAUGGCACCGGAGAUGUAUGAGGAGAAGUACGACGAGGCAGUGGAUGUCUACGCCUUCGGGAUGUGCAUGCUGGAGAUGGCCACCUCUGAGUACCCCUACUCCGAGUGCCAGAACGCUGCCCAGAUCUACCGCAAAGUCACCUCGGGCCUGAAGCCCAGCAGCUUCUACAAGGUGAAGGUGCCAGAGCUGAAGGAGAUCAUUGAGGGUUGCAUCCGCAUGGACAAGAAUGAGAGGUACACCAUCCAGGACCUGCUGGAGCACUCCUUCUUCCAGGAGGACACAGGGGUGCACGUGGAACUGGCUGAGGAGGACGAUGGCGUCAAGUCUGGGCUCAAGCUCUGGCUGCGCAUGGAUGACACGAAGAAGCUGCAUGGCAAGUACAAGGACAACAAUGCCAUCGAGUUCCUCUUCGAGCUCUACAAGGAUGUGGCAGAGGAGGUGGCCCAGGAGAUGGUGGUCCUGGGCUUCAUUUGCGAGGCCGACUACAAGCUGGUGGCCAAGGCAGUGCGGGACCGUGUGGUCGCCAUCAAGCGCAAGCGGGAGAAGCUGAAGCGAGCCCAAGAAGUGCGGUCGCCUGCGGAGCCAGAGCAGCCACCAGGCGUCCUGCAGAUGCUGGAGGAGCUCAAGUCCCCGCUACCACCUGGUGCCCCCGUGUCUGCCCUGGCCACCCCCAGCUCUGGGGACUCUGUCUUCAGUAGCACCUUCCCCCCAGAGCCUGAGGAGCCUGAGGCUGACCAGCACUUCUCCUACCGGCACACCAGCUACUCCUCGGCCACCUCCGACUGCGAGACUGAUGGCUACUUGAGCUCCUCCGGCUUCCUGGACUCCCCAGACCUGGCCCAUCACAGCUUCUCGGCGGGGGACCCUGUCAGCCCACCGCCCGCCCGCCCCAUGCGCUGCUUCCCCACGAGCAUCGCGGUGCAGCUGCCCACUGAGUCCCUGCCCCCCGCCAGCGGCUUCUCCUCCCCGGUGGACAGCUACGCCUCAGAUGUGGCAUCUGGCAUGAGCGACGGCUGUGAGGGGCUCUCGGCCAGCGAGCGCAGCACCAAGCUGCCGCUCAAGCGGGGCUCGGGGAAGCUGCUGCGGCGCCGAGCCCGGUCCAGGCUGCGGAUCACCAACAUCUCUGACAAGAACGAUCGGGUGGUGGAGUGCCAGCUGCAGACCUACAACAACAAGAUGGUGACCUUCAAGUUUGACCUGGAUGGGGACAACCCGGAGGAAAUUGCAGCUGUCAUGGUCCACAACGAGUUCAUCCUCAAGUCGGAGCGGGAUGGCUUCAUCCACCGCAUCCGGGACAUCAUCCACCGCGUGGAGACCCUGCUCCGCAAGGAUGGCGGCGCUGCCGCCGAGCUGCCCGAGAGCCCUGAGGCCGAGCGCGGCGCCGGCAGCUCCGUGGAUCUGCAGCUGCAGGAGCUCUCCCGCUCCAUCUCCUCCUCCUCGCUCAGCGACCUGGGCUGUACCAGUCCCAGCCUCUCAGUCCAGUCUCCAGUCCUGCCGUCACUGAGCAGCUCCCCGUCGGAGACCGACCCCGGCAGCCCCGCGGAGCCACCUGCAGCCCCAGCCCCUGCACUGCAGCCGGCGCUGCCGGGCUCCCCCGCAGGCUCCCUGCAGACUUGGCCCCUCGCCUCGACGGCUCCCUCCUGGCUGACAGCCUCACCAGCAUUCCUGCCAACCCCCCCAAGCACCCUGGGGGGACCCAUCCCACCAGCCCUGCCCCAACCCCUUCUGUCCCCACUGCCACUCCCAGCGUCGCCUGUCCCCAGUGGGCCCAGCAGCCCUCUGAGCCCCCCUGUCAGCAGCACUCCCUGGUCCCCCACUGCUCCACUCCUGUCCCUGGCCAACGUCUUCUCCCUGGCUGUGAUAAGCGUGGCCCACACGCUGCUUCCUGCAGUCUCCUCCAUGGCCAGCUCGGGUGGGCACCUUUACCCCCCACUGCUGCCACGACCACAGAGCCUUGUCCUGGGACCUCCGCGCUUUGCCUACCCUGACCCUGCCAGCAUGGCCAAGCCAGCCCCGGCUGGCGGUGCAACCGUGGGGUCAGUGGGGGCUGGUAUACCCACUGCUGGGGGGCCUGUGCCCUUCUCUCCCCCAGCCCCACUGUGCCCAUCAGGCAGUGAGGCCAUGGGGACUCCCCUGCCAUCACUGAGCACCUCCACACCCGAGAGCCCCGCGGGCAGCGUGGUGCUCCCUGGCUCCCCCAAGCCCAGCCACCCACUCAUCGUCUCGGAGUCACCAGCCCCCGGCGUGCCCAAGACUCAGCUCUCGCCCAUCAACGAAGAAGCCAAGCCCCGGAUUCUGGGCCGGUUCCAGGUGACACCGACCAAGGACCCAGCUGUGACCACCCCGGUGCCGGGCAACAGCGCGGGCGAGCAGCACGGUGUGGAGCCGGCGGCAAGGGGCUCCCCCCCGCCCGCUGCCCCCCACACAGGCAGCAGCUCGAGUAGCGACUCCGACUCCGUGGUGGAGACGGUGGAGCAGGACCCCGAGGCCGAGGAGGGGACGGUGGCACCGGCAGAGAGCGACCGGGAGGGCCCCGGGGAGGAGGCGACCGAGAGCGCGUCGCCCGCCAUCGUCAGCCAGGUCUGGCUGAGCUACUCCCGCAGCCUGCCCUACGUGAGCAGCGACGACACCGAGAGCGAGGACGAGGAGAUCUGGGAGGAGCUGCAGAACCUGCGCCAGAAGCACAUGGCCGAGGUGCAGCUGCUGCAGAGCGCCCAGAAGAAGGAGAUCGAGGAGCUGUACCUGCGGAUGGGGAAGCAGCCGCCGAUGGGCAUCGUCUCCCCCGCCGCGAUGCUGUCCAGCCGCCAGCGCCGCCUCUCCAAGGGCAGCUUCAACCCCUCCCGCCGCAACAGCCUCCAGCGCCUGGAGCUGGCGCAGCCCCCAGGCAUCAUGCGCCGUAACUCGUUGAGCGGCAGCAGCACCGGCUCGGAGCAGCGCCUCAGCAAGGGGGUCACCUUCGCCGACGAUCUGGGCUGGAUGUAGCCGGCCGGCCAGGACUGACGCCAUGAACUACCUCAACCAAGUGCCUGCGGCCCCGGGGGGGGGAGCCCCCGCACCUGCCGGGAGGGCAGCACCGGGCGGGGGCAGCCGAACCAGCUACUGCCCACCCACCUCGGGGGGUCCGGACCCCUACCUGCCCCCCACCUCCGCCCCUGAUACCUGCUGCCUCUGUAUCAGAGGGCGGGCAGGCCGGUCACAUGCUCUUCUUCCCAUCUGCCCCCUCCUCAUCCCCCCCCAGCCGUUCCCAGUCCGUGCCAUCCCUCACGGCUUUGCUCCCAGCUGAGCCCGCACAGGCAGAACCAGGCCCUGCCCCGAGCAGAACCGCACCCCCGCUACACCCCAGUCACGACAUGUCCCCCCCUGCCCCCAGGCUGCUCUCCAGCCCUGCCCUCCCGCCCCGGGCGGCCCCGCUCGCUGCCGCCCGCACCGCGCUCUGCGCAGCCCAGCAGGAGCCGCUGCGGAGCGCGAAGACGCUUCCCUGGGCCGCGUGAGAGGGAGGCGGAGCACCGGGAACGGCAGCAGCUGGACAUUCUUACAAGCUGGUGUCUGCAAAGUAUUUUCAUAAAUACGAAUUAAAUACAAAGAA